AAACGGCAAUGGGUAUCUCUUUACAGGUGAAUGACGAACAAAAGCUUAAAUAUCGCAACGCCGUUUAUGCUAUACUCAAUAUCAUUCCAAAAAGAGCUUCAAGACCUUGGUAUUUAUUAGACAAUAUAUUUGCAUUUUCAUCACAAGGACGAUUGCAAGAAGAACUAUUACAAACGUUGCAUGGUUUUACAAAAAAAAUAAUUGCAGAGAGAAAACUUUUUCACGAAAAAACAAAUGGAAAAUAUUUAAAAACUUUCGAAACGGUUGAAGAGAAUGACGUUUUUCCCGAAGGACACGAGGAGAAUAUCAAAAAUCCGACAUACAAAAAAAAACUUGCUAUGUUAGAUUUACUAAUAGCAGCUUCUUGGAAUGGAAAUCAAAUUGAUGAUGAAGGAAUCAGAGAGGAAGUGGAUACAUUUAUGUUUGCAGGUCACGACACUACUGCAACGGCAUUGGUCUUUCUUCUGAGUCUUAUAGCUAAACAUAAAGACGUUCAGGAACGUAUAAGAGAAGAAGUGAAUAGUAUUAUGAACCAAGAAAAUUAUCAAAUGACGAUGUCGGUGGUUCAAGAAUUUUCCUAUUUAGAGAGAUGCAUAAAAGAAUCUCUACGUUUAUACCCAAGUGUCCAUUUUGUGGCACGAUAUUUAACUGAUGAUAUGCAGUUAAAAAAGUUUUUAAUCCCAGCCGGUACUAACAUUCGAAUUAACAUCUUUCAUUUACACCGAAAUCCAGAAUUUUGGCCCAAUCCUGAUGUUUUCGAUCCUGAUAGAUUUUUACCAGAAAAUAUUAGUAAACGCAAUGCGUACUGUUAUAUUCCAUUUAGUGCAGGAUUAAGAAACUGCAUUGGUCAAAAAUAUGCAAUGUUCGAAAUGAAACUUAUGGUUGCCCAUAUAUUACAUCACUUUUAUUUAGAGCCAGUAGAGGAUUUGGAUAACAUUAAAUUGAUAGGAGAUAUUAUUUUGCGACCAGCGAAACCACUUCAUGUCAAAUUUAUUCCGAUAAAAUUAUAAGAACUAAAUUUUUUUUUAUUGAAUAUUUCAUCAAAUGAAUUUUAGUAUACAGGUAAGGGAACUACUUUCAUCAUUAGAUGAUCGAGCUGCUUGGAACUUUUAACCAAUGGCGACAGCUUUCAGGUACUAUCAUACCACCACACCAACGCGCAUGCGCAGUGAUUGAAACUGAGAAGACUCGACAUCGAAUAAUAAGCCCUUACUCUAAUCGUUCUCGUAAUCGCUAUUAUUAUGUUUUUGUAACUUGGUUAUCUCAGUUCUUUUCAACAAAUUUCAUACUGUUUCUUUAAUCUAUCCACUGCUCAUUUAGUGCAUUACCACUUACAUUCUGAACUCGUGGAUGUGCCGAAAUCGCGUGCAUUAAAAUUCUCACUUUCAUUCCAUUUCACUUGAGUUACAUCGCGAUAAUUAGAAUCAAUCGCGUUUAGUGUCAUAAUUUUUUUGCAAAUUCGUUUAGAUUACUUAUUGAUAUACUUUUAUGUUCUCUCAUUGUAAUUUACCAAUAAAGAUCUCACUUUUCGUGCUCAUUCACUCUUCUUAAAUGUUGAAUUUUGACUUAUCCUUGAUGUUUAUGCAUAGCAUCGGCAUAAGCGAACACUUAGUCCAUUCCUAAAGAAAUACUCUGUCUUAAGUCCACUGGUCCAAUACUUCAGUAAUGUCUAUUUAUGUAUUUGGGCAUGGAGGCGUCUGUUCCAAAUUUAUAUUAUAUUUACGUAUUUAUAUUUCGAGAUUGUUAUAUACCUUGAUGUCUACGGGUCGAAAUUCAAUACAAAUAAUAUUUUACUUUUGUAAUUUUCACAUUUAUUGUUCUUUAACAUAUAGUUGGUUAAAACACAUUGUGCUCCACGAGUAGUAUUGUUGAUCUUGCAUGUCAAUUUAAAUCAGUCAAUGUAUUAUUACUUACCUAAGCAUAUAUGAAUAUUGUACGUAAUAUCACAUUAUUCUUUUUGAAGUGAAAACUUUUUUAGAAUGGGUGUGAUUCGAAAAAAUGUAACGAAGCUGUAAGCGGCUUCGUAACGGAACGGUAGGAGGCUAUGAAACGGAAACAAUACUAAAUAAGAGGAAAAGAAGAGACAAACAUAUAGGAUUGAGCCUGCGAGAGAAUGAAACAGAAUAUAGCUAUACAGUUUUUCCUAUUCUCGGUCUUUGAUUCGUGGUCCCCACUCCUGGCUACUAAGCUUUGUGUGCGUGCGUGUGUGUUUUUGUGUCACAAAGGCAAGCUCUGUUUCUGGCGUAAUGUUGCUACGUCAGAGCGUUGCUAUGGUAACCAUCAACGGUUUUUCACAUAUAACUAAAUCGUACUUUGUCCGUUACAAAAAAAAAACUUUCUAUUUCUCCAUUGGACGUCUUCGAC